AUACAAAGUGUCUUCAAAAUGAAAAAUUAUCGACAAAAAGAAUGUUGUCGGCGUGAUUCCCGUAGAGCGAAUGAUCGCUACACAAAAUCGACGCUACACAUUGAUUUCAAUACUAAGAACGAGUCCCCAAACAAAGUAAAAAAAGACUUGUUUAAUGGUGUAGAUAAACAACGAAAGAUUACAUCUUCUUUUAUAUGCACUUGUGCUGGACAUAAUCAAAAAGAAUUGGUACGGUCAUCACAAAAUCAUGAUGAAGCAUUACGACCUUCUUCGUGUACAUGUCCACAUGGGCAUUAUCACGACGAAGAAGUUCGGCCCGCUUCGUGUCCCUAUGGGUACAAACACGACCGAAAGCACAGUCACGGGUCAUCCAUAAAUACAAAUCUACGUCCGAUACCACAGAAUCGGAGCAAGUCCACGUCGGAACACAUGUGCACUCGUAAACAUAAAUUUUAUUCAAUUCAUGCACCUCAAGAACCACUUAUACAAAUACCAAAAACAAUAUCUUCUAAAGAAAACCGCAACGAGGUGAUACGACCGUGGACCACAUCAAAAUCACAGCGUAAAAUUAUAAUACCUUUUUCUAAAUCUUAUAAGAAUGUAAAUAUGGCUCCUCACGGGUCACGAAUUACUUGGAGCGACUACCACCGACUGAGUGUUAUCCACGAAUUUCUGGACUGUUUAGAAAGUGCAAAUCCAACCCUUUGUUCUGCGCAUGUUAUUGGACGUUCGCUUGAAAAGAGAGACAUAAAGCUAUUGAAAGUCUCAAACAGCAAAGCGGAUAAGUGCGGAGUGUGGAUGGAUUCUGGGAUACAUGCGCGAGAGUGGAUUGGACCUGCAGUGAACACCUACGUCGCGAAUUACAUUGCAAGUCAUUUCAAAUCGCUGCCAACUUACAUUACUAAUAAAGAUUGGUUUUUCUUACCAGUGGCAAAUCCGGAUGGCUACGAAUAUAGCCAUACAACGGAUCGAAUGUGGCGCAAAAACAAAGCUUGCGUCAACGGUAAAUGUGUGGGUGUUGACCUUAAUAGAAAUUUCAGUUUCGGUUGGGGCGGCCAAGGUUCUUCCGAUAAUCCACAUAACAGCUUCUAUCGAGGCUCCAAACCGUUCUCGGAACCAGAAUCUUGUGCAAUUAGAGAUUUUAUAUCUUCUGGUUCAAAAAAGUUCAGAUUAUACGUCACACUUCAUAGCUACGGAGAAGUCAUAAUAUUUCCUUUCGCUGAUAACGAUACCUUGUGCCCUGGUUACAUUAGACUGUUAGAAGGAGCUACAGUUAUGUCUAAGGCAAUCCAUCGAACUAAUGGCAGAGUAUACAAGGUAGGCAUUUCCAAAGAUAUGAUGUACCAAGCAUCGGGCACUAGCAAUGACUGGAGUCACGGAGUUGUCGGUAUACCUUACUGCUACCUCAUUGAACUCAGAAGCAAAAAAGACAGACUUGAAGACUAUUACAACAAAAACAGUAAAUGUAGAUUCAAGGUGCCAUGUGAAGAGAUAGAAGAGACUGGCAACGAGAUUUUAAACAGCUUGUUUGCGCUGUUGGAGUUCAUCGACAGCUAUCCAGAAAUAAAAUUGGUCGCCGAAAACCCUGGCUACGCCAUUCCCAAAAGCACCACUGCAUGUAAAAUGGCACCGCUUAUAGACGAUCUAUCCAACACUCAAGUUUGGGAAGUGAAAUUAAUAAACGAUGAACAAAGAAAAUUCAUCAAAACCUUGGACUCCUCUGGAGUUCUUAACAUUUGGAGGGAAGAUACUCACGUGAUGGACAUCGAGGUGGAAGCUGAUAACGCGCUUUCUGUGAUCAGAAAGCUCAACGGGAAAGAGAUACCCUAUACAGUAGUCAUUUCUGAUGUCCACGCCUGUAUUCAAGUUCAACAAACUCAAAUUGUCGCUGCUGAUAACCGGAAGAUGUCUUGGAACCAGUAUCAUCGGCUGGAUAUAAUUUAUCAUUUUAUGGAUGAUCUGGCUACUGAGUAUCCUAAUAUUUGUUCUGUCCAUGAAAUUGGAAAAUCUGUUGAAGGCAGAACUAUAAUGAUGCUGAAGAUAUCAAAUGGGCAUCGAGACAACGUUGGUGUAUGGAUCGACGGCGGCAUCCACGCCCGAGAGUGGAUUACUCCUGCCGUGGUCACCUACCUCGCCGACCAAAUCACUAAGAACUACAAAAAUAAUCUUCCGUACUUCACCAAUAAAGACUGGUAUUUCCUUCCGGUCAUAAAUCCAGACGGAUACGAAUUUACGCAUACUACUGACAGAAUGUGGCGAAAGAAUCGGCGAAUUACCGGAAAAACGGUCGGCGUCGACCUUAACAGAAAUUUCAGUUACGGCUGGGGCAAAGAUGAAGGUUCUUCAGAUGAACCUAGUAACGUUUUCUUCAGAGGAUCGAAACCGUUUUCAGAGCCAGAAACACUGGCAAUUAAAAAUGCUAUAAUGACAGCUGCUAAUACCUUCAAGGUUUUCUUGUCGUUUCACAGCUACGGUGAAGUGAUUCUCUUCCCAUGGGGACACACUGACGAAGUCUGUCCAGAUUACGUCAGCCUAUUAGAAGGCGGUACUCUAAUGUCCAAGGCUAUUUUCGAAACUCACGGUAGAACUUAUAAAGUUGGUAGCACAAAAGACCUCAUGUAUUACGCGGCAGGCACAAGCAUCGACUGGAGUUAUGGAGAGUUGGACAUCCCAUUCUCAUACAUGGUGGAGUUAAGAGACAAGGAAAAUAGGUUUCUCUUACCUGCGCAUGGCAUUUUAGAUACUUCAGAGGAAAUUUACAACGGGCUCAUAGAACUAAUGAAAUACGUGGACCUAAAAUCCGCAGUUUCUUCAGCUGUUAAUUGUUCUGUGGCGACUGUCUUGGACGUGUAACGUAAUUUGAAGAUGAACAGCCUGAAGACGACAAUGUUACGCAAUGUGCUUUUUUGAUGAUUUCCCAUCAAAAUAUUACAAUUUCAUAUAGCUCCUUUUCACU